AAAAAAAAAUUCUUUCUGCCCCUUUGUUAUUCAUUGACGGACUCCUUCGGCCUACAGGAGAGGGAACUGCAUGGCUGGGAAGAUCAAAAUCUGUGCUCAACGUGGCCAGGGUUACUUUUAAAAGAAGCUGUCACAGCUAAGGCAGGAGCAGGCUCUGAAGGAGGGCACUUGUGGCCAGGCUGCAGCAGAGCCAUGUCCAGCCAGGGCGACGACUGCUACUUCUACUUCUACUCCACCUGCAACAAGGGGGACUCCUGUGCCUUCCGCCACUGCGAGGCCGCCCUGGGCAGCGAGACCGUCUGCACGCUGUGGCAGGAGGGCCGGUGCUUCAGGAAUGUCUGCAGGUUCAGGCACAUGGAAAUCGAUAAAAAGAGGAGUGAGAUCGCCUGUUACUGGGAGAACCAGCCUGGAGGCUGCCAGAAGCACAACUGUGCCUUCCACCACACCAAGGGACGCUACGUGGACGGGCUCUUCCUUCCCCCCAGCAAGACCACUCUCCCAAGCCCCCCUGAGGCUGCAGAGGACGAGGUGAAAAUGGUGCAGCUGCAGCAGAACAAACUCUCUGUUCAAUCCAACCCCUCCCCACAGCUCAGGGGGGUGAUGAAAGUGGAAAAUUCCGAGAAUGUGCCCAGCCCCACCCAUCCCCCAGUGGUCAUCAACGCUGCAGAUGAUGAUGAAGAUGAUGAUGACCAACUUUCUGAAGAAGGAGAAGAAACCAAAACCCCAGUCCAGCCACCACCCACAGAAAGCCACAAUGGGCUGAGGGUGAUUUCCACCAGGAAACCCAAUCCCAGUGCAAAGCAAGAUGACAACUUAAAUUUUGGGAUAAAAACCUUGGAAGAGAUCAAAUUGAAGAAACUCAAGGAAAAAGCCAAAAAACAAGGUGAAGGUCCUUCAGGAGUGGCUGUGGAUCCUCUCCAGGCCCGGAGCAUUCCCGUGCCAGAGAAGGAAAACGUCCGGACCGUGCUGAGAACUGUCACCCUCUCCUCCAAGGAAGGGGAGGACCCUGUGAUCCAGCUGAAUCUUCCUGACAGACUGGGAAAAAGGAAAACUAUUACAGGUGGGAAAACUUUCCUUCCCCUGAGGAGGAACGUUGGGGACAGGCUGGGGAGGAAGGCAGAGCUGCAGGAAAAUGCUGACAAGGCCCCAAAGAGAGGCACAGUUCAAGUCCUGAAGUCCCUGAAGGAGAGGCUGGGGCUGCCCUCUGAGCAGAGCAGCACUGAGACAGCUGGAAGAGAAGAAAAAAUGAUUGUGGAGCUGAACAAACCUUCCCCUAAAGGGAGCUCUGCACCUGCUGAGAAUUCAGGGAAUUCUGGAGUUCAGGUGAAGAGCCUGGAGGAAAUCAUGUGGGAGAAACGUCAGCUGAAACAACUGCAGGAGGAGAAAGUCCCAAAAGGAUCUGGGGCAGUUGCAGCUGAAAUCCAGGAGAAGAAGCAGGAGAAGAGCCCAGAGGCUGCAGGGGGAUCAGCCCAGGCUGGCAGGAGGAGGCUGGGCAGGCUCCAGGAGGGGAGCCCAGAGCAGGAUCCAGGGAAAAAAGGAGCUCAGGUGGCUGAGAGGAGAGGCAGAGCCAAAUCCAAGGUGAGCCUGAAGCCUCUGGAUGCCAAAGCCUCUCCCAAGCAGCCCCUGAAGAGGAAGGGCCCCGAGGGGCCCCCCCCUGCUGUGGUGGCUGUGAAGCCACUCAGUGCCACCACUGGGGACAGCCAGGAGCCCUCAGCCAAGGUUGUUGCCAGUUCUGCAGAGAACAGCCCAGGCUCCAACCCUCGGAGGGAGAGUUCCCAGAGCAGCCCCGAGCUGCAGGCUGGCAGCCAGGGGGGUUCCCUGGCACAGUCAGAGGUGUCGGGAUCCUCUUCCUCCUCCUCCUCCUCGCUGGAGGUGCCGCUGAAGCUGCGGCGCCUGAGCUCCGCCGGGGCUGCCAAACCCGCCCUGUCCGUGGAGGACGACUUCGAGAAACUCAUCUGGGAGAUCUCGGGGGGGAAACUGGAAGCAGAAAUCGACCUGGAUCCAGGGAAGGACGAGGAUGAUCUGCUGCUGGAACUCUCGGAGAUGAUUGACAGCUGAGAGCGGGAGUUUUAACCAAAAAAAAAAAAAAGGCGGAUAAAAAAAGACGCGACACCAAAAAAAAAAAAA